ACAUAGCACGCCCUCCUCGUUCCCCGCACGCGCAGCCGAGCUAGCCUAUACCUAGAGUCCAUCGGCUGCUUCUCGAAGCUGUCCUUGCCCUCCGUACCGGCACCCGAGGACUCGGCGUCCGAGGACUCGGCGUGCACGCUGUGCCGAGACCAUGGAUCGCAUCAAGUGCGGCCCCAUCGUCGAGAUGCCGGGCGACGACAUGGCGCGCAUUAUCUGGGACCUGGUACGCGACAAGCUCAUCGUGCCCUUCCUGGACAUCGAUCUCAAGGUCUACGACCUGUCCAUCGCCAACCGCAACGAGACGGACAACACGGUGACGCUACAGGCGCUCGACGCGCUGGGCCGCUACAACUGCGGCGUCAAGUGCGCCACCAUCACGGCCGAGCGCGACGUCCUCGAGAUGUACCACCUGAAGCGCAUGUGGAAGUCGCCCAACUCGCUCAUCCGCAACUCCCUAGGGGGCGCCCUGUUCCGCGAGCCCAUCAUCUGCGCCAACGUGCCGCCGCUGAUCAAGCAGUGGCGCAAGCCGAUCAUCAUUGCGCGGCACGCCUUCGGAGACGAGAACAUUGGAAAGGACUUCGUGGUUCCGGGCCCGGGUUCCCUGGAGGUGCGCUUCACGCCCACCAUCGGCUCGCCGUACCGCGUACACGUGUUCGACUUCAACGACACCCACGGCGUGGUCGCUGCCAUGUGCAACACGGACAAGUCCAUCACGGAGUUCGCCUACAGCUGCUUCCAGCACGCGCUCAGCCGCAACUUGCCGCUCUACCUGAGCACCAAGGAGACGAUACUCAAGAAGUACGACGGCCGCUUCAAGGAGAUCUUCGAGCGACUCUACCAGAAGAAGUACGAGCCCAGUUUCAAGGACGCGGGCAUCUUCUUCCAGCACCGCCUCACGGACGACAUGGUGGCAAGGUGCACGCGAAUAGCUUCCAUAUUGCAGACGAUAGCACCAUAUUGUCGUCGACAUAGAAGACAUCAUUCUAUAUGCAGGUCCCUGCGAAUGGAAGGCGGCUUCGUCUGGGCGUGCAAGAACUACGACGGCGACAUCCAGUCCGGGUUCGUGGCCCAGGGCUUCGGCUCGCUCGGCCUCAUGACGAGCGUGCUCAUCUGCCCCGACGGCAAGACGCUCAUUGCCGACGUCGCGCACGGCACCGUCACCAAGCACUUCCGGCGCCACGAGGCCGGCCUCGAGACGUCGACCAACUCGAUGGCCACCAUCUACACGUGGACCAAGGGCAUCCGCCACCGCGGCAUGCUCGACGGCAGCGCCAAGCUCGAGGCCUUCGCCAGGACCCUGGAGUCGGCCACCCUGGAAUUGGUCGAGUCCGGCUACAUGACCAAGGACCUGGCCCUGUGCGUCAAGGGCUUCGGCAACGUCCAGCGGCAGGACUACCUGGACACGUUCGAGUUCAUCGACAAGGUGGCCGAGCGGAUGACCGCCAAGUACCAGCAGCUCUUCGCGGAGGAGGAAGUCUGAAGGACGCGCUCGACGCUAAAGUGCUACACGCUGGCUGCACUUUCGAGUUUGCGUCCCGAUUUCACGCGCGAGUCCAGCGAGAGUUUAUUUCGCGAAUAGCAUCGUUAUUUCUCGUGUUUCUACUUUUUUGAAUGCUUCAUUUUACGUGCAGUAAACGAGAAGCACGCCGAAAAAUAAUUAAACGUUCAAUUAAUA